AUGAUUGUGACCAUCUUCAACGAGAAGUUGCAUGCCAAACGUGAGCUACCUGUGAUGCUUGACUUGCGGAUACACCGCCGGUCGAAGAAGAAGGAGCCUUGGACAGCCGCUACGACCCCUAUCAAGUGCUCGAGGGCCACUGAAUUCUGUCGUUGUGUCGCUUUGUACAUCGCCGUACUCCCCUCACUCGCCCAGCCCGUUGACCCGCCUUCACUUCUUCCUUCGCCGGCCAAACGCGUGACCACGUGGCACAGGGCGGCACUAAUUUUGUGCCCGCCCGUGCUCGCGCGCACGGGCUCCCACGCAUUGGCGGAUGUCUCACACAAGGAUUCCCACCACUCAACUUCUACCUCUUCGUUGCCGCUUCUUGGCGCCAUGUCCUCCUCGCGCCUGUAUGUCAACCUCUACAAGCAGGCCAAGUACCUAGUACUCGGGAGCGCUUGCCUGUAUGUUACACGGACCGACUUGGCAUUGCGAGAUGUGGGACUUGUACACUCGGUGCGACCCUCGAUGCUUGGAUGGAAGACGCAGGCGACGUUGGCAAUCGCGGGCGGAUGCCUCGCGCUCUCGAUUGGAUUGUUCGCUGCGGUGAUGGUGUUGAGUGGGCGGGGGGCUGUGGAAAGAGGCAAGCCCGACUCAUGGCAAGGCAACAAGACACUUCGCACGCUGGUACCGCUCCUUUCGCUCGCGCUCGUCGUGGGCUUUCCGGCUCUGGUCAUCGCACUCAGUCCGCUGUGCAGUCCUCCAUUCCCUUCACUCCUGGCAUCGCCGACACUCGCGGCCAAUCGCCUGGCCCUGUACACUACGCAGCGCCCAUACAGCUUCUCCGCUUCGCCCUCGGCGAUGUGCGCCAUCUCCAAGGACUCGACGAAUCCUCUCCUCUGCUCGCCCACGCACAUCUCUGCGCCGUGGGCUUGGUUCGUGGCGAUCGUGGGGGCGGCAGGCGUCUAUCAGAUCGUGCUGGGUGCAGUCGGACUCGUGGGCGUCUUUGUGGGCGCGCCGGUCAGCCUGCGUGGCCAACGCGGCGGCGAGCGCAGCGAGGAUAGAAAGGCGAGGUAGCCGCCAAGACAGCGAUGAAUGAAAGCCAGCGCGGCACUCGCACAAGUAAC